CAUUUUAUCGCUGAGCUUGAAUAUUUCCCUGCGGCCGAAUUUUUAUCACGGAAACUAUGUUGAUAUCGUACAAGCCAACACAGCACAACAUAUUCUUUUUCACGAGGUUUGACGGUAAAUACCUUUAAACUUGACAUGCAGCGACUGACACUCAUUACCAAUGUUGUCAUUUUUGGUGGAGUAAUUAGUCUGUACUACGUGUCCAUAAUCGAGAUGAUUUCUGUGGAACUUCCGGUGUCUAAAACCUUACCUCUGUUCGACCUGACUAAUUUGGCCGUGAAAAGAAACCACGAUGAAUUUAGAACAAUAUUUGGAUCGAGGGUGAUCGUUUUUAUUGAAACCUCAGGCUCUGGCAGAUUGAGCUCUAGGCAGAUGUGUGCCGUCGAAUCGGCCGCGAAAAGCAACCCUGACGCACAAGUGGUGCUCGUCGUCACAUACCCAGUGCUCGUUAUCAGCUUGGAAAAUAACCCAGCCCUGAGGCUCGUCCUUGGCGUUUACAACAACGUGAACGUCGUCACCCUGAACGCCACAAAAGUGCUCUUUUCGUCAGACUUCAAAACUGUGAUGGAGACCAAAUUCAAGCACUCACAGCAUCCGAUCACCUUCACGAGUGACUUUCUUCGAGUAUGGCUUGUCCUGACUUUCGGUGGCGUCUACUUUGACCUUGACUUCGUCAUCUUCAAGGACUUGACCGCCCUUUUUGAGAAGAGCUUUGUCGUGCACACGCCGAGCGCCGGUCGAAUCACCAACUGUGCCUUCGGCUUCAAAAGGGAACACCCAUUUCUUCAGGAAAUCGUCGCCACUUCUGCAAGGGACUUUGACCCGACGGUCUACGCAUCCGGUCCGUUCGCCUUCAGCAAUGCGGUGUCCCGGUUCUUCGGCGUGUCGGCGGACACCGCCGUUACUCUCGGCCAGAUGGAGGACGUGUACAUUUUGAACCAAACUCAAUUCACACCUAUCGACUACCCUGGCUACAAUGUUUUUUUUGGCAAGGAUGGCGUUGAAUGGUCGGAUAAGUGGAUUGGCGAGGGUUUCGGAGUCCACGUGUGGCACCAAAUGAGCAAAAACCGUGGAGAUCCGAAAUUGGCACACAAUUCAACAGCGCCUUAUGCUGUUCUGGCUCGGAGAUUUUGUCCCACGGCGUUUGGAUGUAACGAUCCGUUUUAGAUAAUUUUUCAGCUUCACGUCAAUGCCAUGAGCAAACAACCUUUUGAAGAAAAGGAAAGCUAUAGCGAAAAGGAUGGUAGAUAGUGAAUAUAAUUAAAUUAAAACAGAGACUGCUGUAAAAAAUGUGUUUUAUUCAAAAUAAAAU